UCAUUUUACUGCGUCUACAGUAAAUUUGUUUGGAGAGAGAAGAUGGCGUCAGAAUCAGUGGAAACGUUAGCCGAACAGGACACAGAACUGGACGAGUUAUUGGACAGUGCACUCGAUGACUUUGAAAAGACAAACCCAGCCCCCCCAGCCCCAGUUCCUGCUGCUGCCGCGGCUCCCCCAUCAGCCAAGGGCAGUGAGGAGAAACCCCCUCUACUGGAAGACAGUCAGUUCUUUGAGGCUCUGUUUGAAGGGGAGAUGGCCUCUCAGGCGAAGGAGGAGUGGGAGAAAGCCAUGACUGAACUCGCACAGGAAGAACCUGAGCUGCUGCAACACUUUCACAAAUUGUCAGAGGCAGCAGGGAAAGUUGGUACUGAUGUAGCCUCCCAACAAGAAUUCACUUCCUGUCUCAAAGACACCCUCAGUGGGUUGGCGAAAAAUGCAGACAACUUACAGAGUGCAGGUUUGGCUGGAGAGGAUCUAGCAAAGACUCUGGAAGGGCUGGGAUUGGAUGAGGGUGGACAGGGGGGCGGGGAAGAUGGAAACAUCUUGCCGAUUAUGCAGUCGAUCAUGCAGAAUCUACUCUCCAAGGAAGUGCUCUACCCAUCUCUCAAAGAGAUCACUGAGAAGUAUCCUGAGUGGUUGAACAGCAAUCGCCAGUCCCUCCCGGCAGAUCAGUUCCAGCGCUACGAACAGCAGCACAAGGUCAUGGGAGAGAUCUGCAGCCAGUUUGAGAAGGAGGGAGAGCGAAGUGGAAGGGAUGGGGAGAAUCGCUUUGAGAGCAUUCUGGAACUCAUGCAGCAGCUACAAGACCUGGGCCAACCACCCAAAGAGCUGGCUGGUGAAUCGCCACCUGGCCUGAACUUUGACCUGGAAUCCCUGAAUCUCCCAGGAGCCUCUGGGGCUGGAGCGGCAGAGCAGUGCUCAAUCAUGUGAUGUCAGAGCAGCCAGAUCAAUAGAUGCACAGGCUAGGAGCUGUGUGCGAGGGGGGGAUGAUGAGAGAGGACGAUCGGUCACAAGACAAGGAGGAGAACGAGACUGUUUGCACUGCUCUCCUCGCAACAGAUGUUUCUGUGUCUACAGAGAAGGCACAGUCAAGGGUGGCACAAAAAAACAAUGUUACCAACCUUCGGUAACUCACUGAUCAUCACUUCACUGAUUUUAAAUUAAUUGCUUUGGUUUUUCGUAAGCUUUUCCAGGUCAUUCAUAGUACAGGUAGUAGCAUACCCACACACACAGCUCAAAUGACUAGCGCUUGACUUAUGAGUCCGUUUUUACACUCACCAUUGUUUAGCCCCUGGUAGAACUGGUUGAACUGGCCUGUUGGUUAAAAUGGUGUCUUGCAUUAUUGUUAUAAACAUCACAGCAAGGAUAGUAUGAUUCUCUGUUGUGAGAGUUGCUGAGUGAUGAUUGAGUUGUUUCAUAGCUGCAGUAUCAUCAUGGGGCUGCGUGCCCAACAAAGGGUGUUGAGCCACCGUCACAGUUCCACUCAAUCAAUAAAGUAACCAACACCCCAGGGGUUGAUUAGGUUGUUUCUGACCACUAGUUUAGAGUUAUAAAUUUAGCCAUUUUCAUCAUUAAUACUGUUAAUGUAACAAAUGCGUGUAGAUUAAUAUUGUUGGUUGCAUAACCAGUGUACAUUUGUGAAUGAUUUAAAGAAAAUCGAGGAGUUAAACUUACCUCGUUCUAAUUUCAUAAUCAUAAGACGGCUAACUGAUUUUUAGAGACUGACUUUACCUUGGUUAGUUAUAUAGUAUCUUCCCAAAAGCUACUAUGUUGUACCAGAGACUGUAUAUGGCUGUGCACUUGAUUUGACCUCUAGUUUUCUUGACGUCGGUUCAAACAUUGUUACAUCCACAAGAUGUAAGAACCAGUCCUGUGGCCAAUUGUGACAUAUAUUUAUAAUUGACAUUAUUCAAGUUUUUAAACAGGUUAGCGAGGUUGGUGCUCUGGUUUGCGCAUGGGGCUAGAGCUCGAUGGGGCUAGAGCCAAGGUCGGUCAGUAACCAUCGGGAUUAAGACGGUCCCCUGAAUCCCGGGGCGUCUGUCCAGUAGUGGGACUCUUUUGUGACUGUGGUUAUAACCCUCCUAGCUUUUUAUGCACUACAAGUUAUGGAAAAAAGGUUUCUGACACCGUGACCACAAUGUCGAAAUUGGAUUUGGGCCAUGAUGAGAGAAUACUGUUUCGCAUAAUUAUAUCAAAACCAGUACCACUACUGGUAUGUGACCCUGCUGUUUUUCUUGUGAUCAAAAUGAUACGAAUAUAUAGCAUUUAUUUAAGGGACAGACACAAGUAGUAAAACAGUUCAAAUAAUUUCAGAGAAUCUUUACAAGAGUUGAAGUGAUGUGCAAAAAUGACUUUGCUGUGGGCACAGUGAUUAGUAGUUAAAAUUACUGUGAAUUACCCCUUGUGUUUGCUGUUCAUUUGGAGUGAGUGGAGUGACAUUCUUGAUAUUUCAUAUGCCAACAUAUGCAUUGACUGAAUCUUGGGGAGUACCGCUGUAGUUAAUGAUUUUCAUUGGUCAAAUUGGGUGCUACUUCAUUAGGUAUGUACUCUUUCAUACCCUAUAUCCAGACCAUGUUCAUUCUGGUUGUGUAAUUUAUUGGCAGCUGGCAUCUAGAGUAGUCACCUUAUCACCUCAAACAUUGGGAUUUACUUCACUUGUGGUAAACAUACAGUACCAGCCAAAAGUUUGGACACACCUACUCAUUCAAGGGUUUUUCUUUAUUUUUACUAUUUUCUACAUUGUAGAAUAAUAGUGAAGACAUCAAAACUAACCAAAAAGUGUUAAACAAAUCCAAAUAUAUUUGAGAUACUUCAAAUAGCCACCCUUUGCUUUGAUAAGCUUUGCACACUUGGCAUUCUCUCAACCAGCUUCACCUGGAAUGCUUUUCCAACAGUCUUAUCCUGAGCACUUGUUGGCUACUUUUCUUUCAAUCUGCGGUCCAAUUCAUCCCAAACCUUCUCUAUUGGGUUGAGGUCAGGUGAUUGUGGAGGCCAGGUCAUCUGAUGCAGCACUCAUCACUCUCCUUCUUCAUCAAAUAGCCCUUACACAGCCUGGAGGUGUGUUGGGUCACUGUCCUGUUGAAAAACAUGAUAGUCCCACUAAGCGCAAACCAGAUGUGAUGGCGUAUCGCUGGAUAAUGCUGUUGUAGCCAUGCUGGUUAAGUUUGCUUUGAAUUCUAAAUAAAUCACUGACAGCGUCAUCAGCAAACCACCAUAACACCACCUCCUCCAUACUUCACGGUGGGAACCACACAUGCAUAGAUCAUCUGUUCACCUACUCUGUGUCUCACAAAGACAUGGUGGUUGGAACCAAAAAAAUCUCACAUUUGGAAUCCAGACCAAAGGACAAAUUUCCAUUGCUUGUGUUUCUUGGCCAAAGCCAGUCUCUUCUAAUUGGUGUCCUUUAGUAGUGGGUUCUUUGCGGCAAUUCGACCAUGAAGGCCUGAUUCACGCAGUCUCCUCUGAACAGUUGAUGUUGAGAUGUCUGUUGUUUGAACUCUGAAGAAUUUAUUUGUAAUUUCUGAGGCUGGUAAUUCUAAUGAACUUAUCCUCUGAAGCAGAGGUAACUCUUGGUCUUCCUUUCCUGUGGCGGUCCUCAUGAGAGCCAGUUUCGUCAUAGUGCUUGAUUUUGUUUUGCAACUGCACUUGAAUAAACUUUUUCAAAGUUCUUGAAAUUUUA